AUGGCAUCCUCCGACAACCCUGAGAAGAAGCGGGUUUCCCACAGGAUCCGCUCGCUAUCCAAAUCUCUCCAUCGUCUAUCAUCGAACAAUGUACCGGACCGUCUCAAGAACAACGAUGAUGAGCAGGAAGACUUCACCGCGCCUCCCAAAAAUCUUAGCGGUCGAGACAUACCUUACAUGCAACAAUCAGUGUUCUCCUUGAUUGCGGCUGCCGGCUCUAGAUCCGAUUUUCAUUCUCGAUUUGAUGAAUCUAGUGAUAGUGACGGCGAUGAUUCGGAAGGGAAGAAGCGAACUGAGCCAUUACACCGGCGGUUUGUGGGGAAAUUAUCACAGAAGACUGGCAAAGAACUUUCAUCGGCGCAGGCUAUACCGGAGGAGGCUGGACAAGACGCACGGCCUUCCAGGAAGCCAUCUACAAGCUCUGUAAACACUCAUCGGAGAACUGGUUCGGGCAACAGGUUAAUACGAUCGAUCCCAGGCUUAGCUCCAAAGCAGAAUGAUAAAGAGAGUAAGUCUGAUCAGUUUGCCAUACCAGUUCAGAGCCAACAGGAUGAAUCCCAUACGCCAGCGCAAGAAACCAAAAAGACGACUCCUCGAACAGCACCGGUGUUAAGUCGGAUGAUAGAAGCCCAGACCCGGUUCGACCCGGAAGCACUAUCGACUGAAGAACAUACUCAGGCAGAAAAGCAGACCGACGAUAAACAAAGUGACGAGCAAAAGUCAAAAGUCCUACUGCCUAUACGAUUGAAGGAGAUAUUUGGCUUCGAGAACCCGGAACCGGUCAUUGGAGAGUAUCCGUGCUGGCUUAUGCAAAACGUCGCACUUCAAGGGUACAUGUAUAUUACCGAAGGACAUAUCUGUUUCUACGCCUAUCUUCCGCAGAAGUCAAAUGUGACUGUUAAAUCUGGUCAAUUGGGUAAACGCGGUCGCAAAAAUCCGAGAUAUAAGCGUUACUGGUUCUCCCUGAAGGGCGAUGUGUUUUCAUACUAUGCAGACCCCUCAAAGUUAUACUUCCCAAGCGGUCAUAUUGAUUUGCGAUAUGGGAUCAGCGCAUCGCUUGCAGACAGGGAGAAGGGUAAAGACACUCGAGAUUUUACUGUGACUACGGAUCAUCGGACCUAUUACUUCAGGGCGGACAGUGCAUCCAGCGCGAACGAGUGGGUGAAAGCUUUACAGAAAGUUAUCUUCCGUUCACAAAAUGAAGGAGGCAGGGUGAAGAUAUCCCUGCCAUUGGAGGAUGUCAUAGAUAUAGAGGAAAGCCCUAUGAUGGACUUGGCUCAGACAUUCAAAAUUCGAGUGGUGGACAUAUACGAGACAUAUGCAAUUGAUGAGCAUUUCUUCUCAUUCUUCAACUUCGGACAAGACGCAUAUGAGGUUCUCAAGGGCUUAAUAAAUGACACGGCAGCACGAAGGAUAGCCCAAGACCCCGCCGCUACGCAGGUGUUGAAUCAGGUGGUUGGUGAAAGCUACCGUCAAAGAGCAGAUUCUUCGGCAUCGGAAACCCAGAAAGCCAAAAUUGAAUCAGGCUCAGCUCAAAAGAGCGAGACUUCUGACCAACACCAGGAAUCUGAUUCAUUCGUUCAGUCCAUGGGCCAUGGGACGGAUUCUUCACUUAGUCUGCAAUCACACUCGGAAACCAUCGUUACUGCUAGUCAAAUCUUGACCCGUGAUGAUGUUUUCAAUUCACCUACGAUUCAUAGUUUUCAUCCUAAUACUUCCCUCGAUGGCGUAUCGUUUGAAAAUCCCGUCAUAAGCCCUUCUACUGAACCAAUCAAGAAAACGGGCCAAGAGACACCUAAAAAACCAGAACAAGAUGCUUCGAUCGAACGCAAAACAUAUGUAACCUCAGCUCCAACAAUUCACGAACUUGUGAAAGCUGGAACCUACCCAUUACAACGAGCAGCUGGGUUUGCAGAAUACCUGAAAAGCAGGUCUCGGCAGAUGAGCAACCUUCUAGCUACUGAGUCUAUGGGAUACAUCGAGAAAGUUUCUGGUAUGUGGAUUGGGGGAGGGAAGCAUUAUGCCGAGGGUGAAGAUCCGGCUUUGGAACAAUUCAUGGAUGGCGAGGAUGCAGAAACAAGUGGUUCUUAUGGUGAUCGUUUUCGUGCACACUUCGCACUCCCGCCGACUGAGAAGCUCCAGGCAACAUAUUAUGGGUAUCUUCAUCGGGUCCUGCCUCUUUAUGGUAAAAUCUAUAUAGGUAGCAGCAAAUUCUGCUUUAGGAGUUUGCUGCCUGGGACCAGGACAAAAAUGAUUCUUCCUAUCAAAGAUAUUGAGAAUGUCGAGAAGGAGAAAGGGUUUCGUUUCGGCUAUCAAGGUCUUGUCCUUAUUAUUCGCGGUCAUGAGGAACUUUUCUUCGAAUUCAACACUGCAGACUCUCGUGAUGAUUGUGCAGUGACUCUACAUCAUAGGCUUGAGUCAGUACGGUUUCUUGCUCAAUCUAGCAUCUUAGCGCAAAAGGACAAGGACGAAGCGGAUGCUGCAAAGGCUGAACAGCAAUUACUGCAGGAAGCCAUGCAGGGACCCCUGAUAGAGGACUCGCAAGAGGUGCAUCCGAUAUUUGACGAUCCCCGCGCCUCAAUUGUGAAUUUCAAGCCGAAAGAGUCAUUACGAAUUACGUGUUUGACUAUUGGCUCUCGAGGUGAUGUUCAACCCUACAUCGGUCUAUGUAAAGGGUUACUUGAAGAGGGUCACCGGCCGAGGAUUGCAACGCAUGCUGAAUUUGAGCCAUGGGUCCGUAAGCAUGGUAUUGAUUUUGCGCCUGUAGAGGGUGACCCGGCGGAACUCAUGAGGAUAUGUGUCGAAAACGGGAUGUUCACUUACUCUUUCUUGAAGGAAGCUUCUUCCAAGUUCCGUGGAUGGAUUGACGAUCUUUUGACUUCGGCGUGGAGUGCAUGCCAAGACAGUGAUGUUUUGAUCGAAUCCCCAAGUGCAAUGGCAGGAAUUCAUAUUGCUGAGGCUCUUCGAAUUCCAUAUUUCCGCGCCUUCACUAUGCCAUGGUCACGUACACGAGCUUAUCCUCAUGCCUUUGCUGUUCCUGAGCACAAAAUGGGCGGUGCUUACAAUUAUAUUACAUACGUGAUGUUUGAUAAUGUGUUUUGGCGGGCGAUAUCCGGCCAGGUAAAUAGAUGGCGAAAGUUGGAAUUGGGGCUUCGAGGAACAACUCUUGAUAAGAUGCAAGCGAAUAAAGUGCCAUUCUUAUACAAUUAUUCACCAUCGGUCGUUCCACCACCACUGGAUUAUCCGGACUGGAUCCGAGUUACGGGUUACUGGUUUUUGAACGAAGCGUCGAACUGGACUCCUCCAACGGAGCUUACCGAUUUUAUUAUAAAGGCUCGUGAAGACGGCAAGAAGAUUGUUUACAUCGGCUUUGGAUCGAUAGUUGUUUCAGACCCUGCUGCUUUGACUCGGACAGUAGUCGAAUCGGUGCAAAAAGCGGACAUUCGUUGCAUCUUGUCCAAGGGCUGGUCAGAUCGUCUGGGCGAUCCAAAGAGUACUCGUUCCGAGGUUCCUCUUCCUGCCGAAAUCCAUCAGAUUCAAUCAGCACCGCAUGAUUGGCUUUUCACACAGAUUGAUGCGGCUGUGCAUCAUGGAGGCGCUGGUACCACUGGAGCUAGUCUUCGUGCUGGUGUUCCGACUAUUGUCAAACCUUUUUUUGGAGACCAAUUCUUCUUUGGAUCACGGAUUGAAGACUUGGGAGUUGGUAUCUGCAUGAAGAAACUCAACGUUGGUGUUUUCUCGAGGGCUUUAUGGGAAGCAACGCAUAGCGAGCGGAUGAUCUUGAAAGCUAAGCUUCUUGGAGAGCAGAUUCGUAUGGAAAAUGGAGUCGCCAACGCCAUUCAAGCAAUCUAUCGAGACCUAGAAUAUGCUAGAACCCUAACCCACCAACGCGCUUCCUUAUCCAUUACACCACAUAGUCCCGCGACAGCAACGGAUGAGAACCAUACGGCUGAAGAAGGCGAAGAACCGGAAGACAUGGAAGAAGAAGAAUCAUGGACCUUUGUGGAUGAGUACGCUGAUCCAGAGCUCCUCAAGAACGAGAAUAAUUCGUCCCGUCAGAAGGAUUCCACUUCUUCUCCGGCGUCUUCACCGACAUUCGCUAAAUAGUGAGCCGUCGAACUCGGACAGUGACGAUUAAUGAUUUUUCUUAAUACUAACUAUUUUAUGAUGUUUAUGGCUACUUAUUUUGUCAUGUCGCUUUUUACUUUCCUAGUUCAUACUGCAUGUACACUGAUAUACCACCUGGAACAUUUCACGAACGAACAUUUAUCUAAUUAGACUGCAUAUUGCCUUGCUGCGGGUUCUUGAUGAUAUGAUAAACCUUUCUGCUACUUC